AUGGCGUCGUGGUGGUGCUCCUCUCCCUCCGCCACGCUCGCCGUCGCCACCACCACUAACACCAACACCGCCUUCCACCACUCCUUCACUUCCCAAUUUCGCAUCCGAACCCUCACAUUCCCAACUUCCUCCUGUCCCCAUUUCACCGCCGCUCAACCUUCGCUUCGAUUUAGGGUCCCAUGCUCCAACAGAACCGCCUUGCCGGAUUCUGUGCCACCGCCGGACGCUGUGGAUUGCUUGGGAACCGGACAAGAUGUGGAGUGCCUGGUGAACACGGAAGAGAAAGAAUUGGAACCGCUUUCAUCGUCAUCGUCCAUGCCGUGUCUCGCAGAAGCGCUGUGGGAAUGGACGGUGCUGGUGUCACCGUUCUUCUUCUGGGGCACGUCCAUGGUGGCGAUGAAGGAGGUGCUUCCCAAAUAUGGACCGUUCUUCGUUUCCGCUUUUCGCCUCAUUCCGGCGGGGUUUCUUCUCGUGGGUUUCGCGGCUUCAAGAGGGAGGUCCCUUCCUUCUGGCUUCAACGCUUGGCUUUCCAUCACACUAUUCGCUCUCGUUGAUGCCACGUGCUUUCAGGGUUUUCUUGCAGAAGGGUUGCAAAGGACUUCAGCUGGUUUAGGAAGCGUUAUAAUUGAUUCGCAGCCUUUGACUGUGGCUGUACUUGCCGCUUUGUUAUUUGAUGAGUCAAUUGGAGUUGUUGGAGCUGCUGGGCUUGUACUUGGUGUCAUUGGACUUGUACUGCUCGAGCUACCCGCCCUAUCAUUUGAUGAAAGCAACUUCUCACUGUGGGGUAAUGGUGAGUGGUGGAUGCUUCUUGCAGCUCAGAGUAUGGCAGUUGGCACAGUCAUGGUCCGGUGGGUCUCCAAGUACUCCGAUCCUGUCAUGGCUACUGGAUGGCAUAUGAUUAUUGGUGGUCUCCCACUUCUGCUAUUCUCAAUUCUUAACAAUGACCCCGUGGUGAGUGGGAGUCUCAAAGAGUACAGUUCAACUGAUGUAUUGGCACUCCUCUAUACAUCGAUUUUUGGAAGCGCCGUCAGCUAUGGCGUGUUCUUUUAUAGUGCAACUAAAGGUAGCUUGACCAAGCUCAGUUCACUUACGUUUUUAACUCCAAUGUUUGCUUCAAUUUUUGGGUUUCUCUAUCUUGGCGAGACCUUCUCUCCUGUACAACUAGUUGGGGCCUUGAUUACUGUGGCUGGAAUAUACAUGGUUAACUUCAGAAACACUGCUGAAUGA